UUUCAAAAUUUUUAUUAUUAUUAAGCGCACUUUUUGUUAUGUGAUCAACAAGACCUUGAUAACAUUCUACACGUAAUUUUGUCUGAUAUCAUACAAAAUUCAGUCUACAAUAUUCUAUAAUAAUAAUAUACUGUUGAGUUAAUCUUCCACAAUAUAAAAUAGGAUUUUGACAUAGGCCCAAAAGCUAAUCGAUAUGAAUAAAAUUGCAAAGGAGAUACAUUUUUAUCAUUGUUAUGAUUUUGUUUAAACAUUGGAUUUCAUCCUAUAUCUCCGUAAGGAAACAUUAUAGAUAAAAUCGUAGGAUCUAUGUGAAAAGAUAAUUUAUUCAAACUAGAAGUUGGACUUAUUUCUAUUGUGGGGGGGGGGGGGGUUCGGAUAAACACAAAGAUCAUAAUAAUUAGGUUUAUACGGGCGAAGGGGAGCGUAAAAGGGUUAAACACACUCGGACGCGCGCAUUUAACUUUAGAAGCCGCUAGGAAAAAUUAGGGGGAAAAAUUUCUCAACCGGCGGCGGCGAAUUUUUUUUUUUAUAAUAUAGAGAGACAGUAGAUAAGCUAGGCCGGUUCUGGAACACCUACCCACCGUCGGUAAGGUAGAUCUCUAACCCAAGUUACCAACCGAACAGCUGACCCAACUUCCCGACAGAGCAGCUAACCCAACGAGAUAUAGAAAAAAAAACGAAUCCUAACCUCAAAAUCUGAAAUUUUUUUUUCAUUAUUAGGUGGAGAGUGCGAAGUCGGAUCCCCAUUUAUGGGGUGAAUAUUUCGUCCGUUUCGCACGAAAAGCUUUCCCUGCCGAGAUAUAGACAAAAAACGGAUCCUAACCUCAAAAAUUGAUAAUUUAAUCAAAACUGAUGACGUCAAUCGACAGAGGAGGCCGAAACUCAUCGAUACCACUUAUCACCUCCCCCUUAGCUAUUACAGAUAGCGAGAUACAAAAUGAUGCUAAAAGAUGAAUGAAAUUACGAAAGAUGAUUUUCAGAUAACGGGUAUACGAGACUGCUCGUCGAACUCGUAGUAUCCUAUAUCGCGUAUGCAGGUUCAAAACUGCUCGUUAAACUCGUAGUACCCAAUAUCCUGUAUGCAGGUUCGGGACUGCUCGUCGUACUUGCAGCAUCCAAUAUCGCUAUGCAAGUUCUAGACUGAUCCACUACUCACCCUAUAAAAAGAAGUCGUAGAGCGGGGAACUGUCAUUAUUUGUCUAAUUUGCCUGAGAGUAAGAGCUAAGAGAAAUAUUUUGUUCCUGUGGCCUACCUGACCAUCUUGAUGAUCCUCGUCUGCAGAGGGCUAGGACGAUGGAGCUACCUGUGCCACCAUUUGCCUUAACACACGACGACGAAACCAUGGCUAUGACGAGUUCGGAGGAAGGCUUUCCUCUCUCGUGGUCUCCCCUGGCGCACAGCUCUGCUCUGUCUGACACGAGCUUAGUGGCGGCGGCUUCCCUUCUGGAGAAGGCCCUGCUGGUGGGAGACUCAGUCUCCCGCCUCCCAUCGACGAAGAAGGAGGUACCGGGGAAGUGGGCUCUGCUGGAGCGCGACCUCUACCUCUCCAACAACAGCGAUCUCGUGAUGCAAGAGUUGGCGAUGGUGUGUCAGCAGAGCGUACCGUCAAGUAACGACGAGGAGAAAGAAAAUUCUCCCGUGCUCUCUCCGGUACCCUCUGCUGAUAAGAAGCGUGCACCUCGUAAACGCUCCCCGGAAGGUCCCUGCGUACGCAAGGCCACCCGACCAUCGCAGGUGGUUGGCGCCAAGCGCCGCAGAUUAGAUUUUAAGGACUUUUAAUUGUAUUUUUUUUAAAUAAAUAAAAAAAAAAUCAAAUGGAGAGGUAAUUUUGAUUGGCUGUACCUCACAGGUGAGAGCGAUGGUAGGGGCUCUCAUCACUUCCUUAAAAAAAUGACCUUGAAUCCGAUAGUAUGCUUUCACCACUUAUGUAACUUUGUUACAGUUUUUAUUAUUGUAAAAUAAAAGUGACGGGAGUCGGGCGCGAACCUCGAACCUCCGACUUGCAAGUCCGACACUCUACCAUUUGAGUCACAUCCGAUGAUGGAUUUUUCUAAUCGAUCUCUUAUAGUAAUUAGACGCCUGUGACGUGGCCUCAAGUAACAACUUAAAAAUUUUUUUUAUUAUUAUAUUAAUAAUGACCUUGAAUCCUAGAGCUUGCUUUUACCAGUCAGAGAUAGCGCGAACUAGUUUAAUUUUUUUUUAGAGAGAUGAUGUGAGCCCCCACCUUCGCUCUCACCUGUGAGGUACUACCAAAUUAUCGUCAUUAAUGAGCCUCUUACCACGAGUGGUGAGAGGCGCAUGCGCGACUUGUUUACCUCUGUUUAUCUCUCUUUUUUUUAACUUUA